UCCCAAAAAUGUUCUGUGUGCCAGGUAUUGUCUUUAGUGUGGCGAGGGAGAGAAAUACCGGGACUAAAGAGGGUUUUCACGCGAGUCGCCGCGAGAUAAGACCAGGAGGAUGGGGAAUGGCCGUCACUACGACAUACGACGGGAUAGGUGCCGAUAAGAGCAAUCCUGUGGGUGCGUUUCCAUAUAGAGCGACGACUGGCGUUUUACAGCCGGAAAAGAUUCGACGGAAGCAAGAGCUUACCAUACAUAUGUACAUCACGCACAUGUACACCGUGCAUAUAUGUACAGUAUAACGGAAAGAGAGAUGCGUGUAGACUAUAUACGCCAGCUAAACACACACAGAAGCUACCCCGAGCUCUCCGAGGACAUGUUAGCUUCGCACGUGAUACUUCCAGCCUGCCCGUCUUUACGACAAGAGCUCCCGGACCAUCUCCGGUUCCACAGACUGCAUGAGAAGAGCAAAGGCAGCCUCUUCACACAUCCUAAAUUCCUCGAUAUUCGCGCAAUCUCUAUUUUACGAGCCACAGAUUAGGAUAAAAAUUAUAAAACGAAACGCAAUGUCGCAGCAGGACCCAUGAAAUUGUAAUCUUAAGU